AUGCGCCGCUGGCCGCAGUGCCGGGACGAGCCCAACGGCACCGAGGCCGGCGCCAUGGGGCAGCGGGACAACGGGACGGGGCGGGCGGCGGAGGGCUGCAGCGCCGUCUCGGUGGCGUUCCCGCUGACCAUGAUGAUCACCGGCGUCGUGGGCAAUGCCCUGGCCAUGCUGCUGGUCUCCCGCAGCUACCGGGCCAAGGAGAGCCGGCGGAAGCGAUCCUUCCUGCUGUGCAUCGGCUCCCUGGCGCUCACCGACCUGCUGGGGCAGCUGCUGACCAGCCCCAUCGUCAUCUCCGUCUACUUGUCCGACCGCGCCUGGGACGCCGUCGACCCCUCGGGCCACCUCUGCGCCUUCUUCGGCUUCAGCAUGACCUUCUUCGGCCUCUGCCCGCUCUUCAUCGCCAGCGCCAUGGCCGUGGAGAGGACGCUGGCCAUCCGGGCGCCCCACUGGUACGCCAGCCACAUGAAGACGCGGGUGACGAAGGCGGUGCUGCUCGGCAUCUGGCUGGCCGUCUUCGCCUUCGCCCUCCUGCCCGUCGCCGGCCUGGGCCAGUACACGCUGCAGUGGCCCGGCACCUGGUGCUUCAUCGGCACCGGCGACAGCCAGCUCACCGGCAGCCUCUUCUUCGCCUCCACCUUCGCCGUCCUGGGGCUCCUCUCCCUCGUGGUGACGGUGGCCUGCAACCUGGCCACCAUCGAGGCCUUGGUGUCUCGUUGUCGGACCAAAGCGACCGCGUCCCGCUCCAGCAAGCAGUGGGGGCGAAUCGCCACGGAGACACUGAUCCAGCUCUUGGGGAUCAUGUGUGUCCUUUCGGCCUGCUGGUCACCGCUGCUGAUAACGAUGUUGAAGAUGAUCUUCAGCCACACAUCGUUUGAACGCUGCAAGGGAUUCUCCGGUGAAGCCCCAAGCUCAGAACUGCACAAAGAAUGCAAUUUCUUCUUGACAGCUGUGCGUUUGGCCUCACUAAACCAGAUACUGGAUCCAUGGGUUUACCUGCUACUCAGAAAGAUCCUCCUCCAGAAGUUCUGUCAAGCAGCCAAUGCUGUCUCCAAGUGCUCUAACAAUGAGUGGAAAGAGAGAUCAAUCACCUUGUCAGAGGAAAUCCGACGGACAACAGCAUGA